AUGACCUCUGGUUGUCGCCACAAUCGAUGUGUCAACGAUGAUUCGUCUCGACGUUUCGGCAUAAACUUCUGGCCAGAAAUGCGGAACUUGUGUCCACCAAAGGCGGGGCGUUUUCGAUCGCAGGACAUCCAAAUUGGACGGAAUAACACGCAUGAUUCCGUGUUUCUUCAGAAGAUUCCCAGCGUCAACAACGAGAUCCCACAGACACUCUGUGUCAUUCCAGAUCGAUAA